UUUUGAUCCACGUGUCAUCGCCAGCAUCAUGACCAACCCGUCGACGCCGGCUAAGCUCCGCCUUCGCAACGAGAAGCACUCGAGCAACAUCACCAAGCGCGGCCUCGUCCCCUCCAGCACAAGGAUCUCUCACGACGGAUACAAAGUUGGCCCUGUGCUCUUAGGCUUUCUAUUCUUUCUCGUAGUGGGGUCAGCGGUCCUGGAAGUCCUUCGAUCGUCUCAAUUUGGACUGUAAGCUCCACGACAGACGAACCCUCGUAAUAUCAUGUAUCCACAACCUUUGCUCGAUAUGUGCUGGACACUAAACCAACGCAUGCCACCCGCUCUGCGCACAUUUCCACGAGCUAGCUCAAGCUAGGAAGUAAUACACGAGCAUAUCGGUCAUAAGGGCUGUACCACUACAGUACUGAAGCUACUCAGUCUUCUGACAACGUCCAUCAUAUCUUGAAUGGCAUCUUGCUUAUGGGGCUAC